CUCCUCCUGGUCGGACGCCGUGCGGAGCCGCGGGCGGGAGGGCGGACGGACCGACUGACGGGAGGGACGGGAGGCAGCAAGAUGGCGCAGACUCAGGGCACCAGGAGGAAAGUCUGUUACUACUACGACGGGGAUGUUGGAAAUUACUAUUAUGGACAAGGCCAUCCAAUGAAGCCUCACCGAAUCCGCAUGACUCACAAUUUGCUGCUCAACUAUGGCCUCUAUCGAAAAAUGGAAAUUUAUCGCCCUCACAAAGCCAAUGCUGAGGAGAUGACCAAGUACCACAGUGAUGACUACAUUAAAUUCUUGCGCUCCAUCCGCCCAGAUAACAUGUCUGAAUAUAGCAAGCAGAUGCAGAGAUUCAAUGUUGGUGAGGACUGUCCGGUAUUUGAUGGCCUGUUUGAGUUCUGUCAGUUGUCUACUGGUGGCUCUGUUGCAAGUGCUGUGAAACUUAAUAAGCAGCAGACGGACAUCGCUGUGAAUUGGGCUGGGGGCCUGCACCAUGCAAAGAAGUCCGAGGCUUCAGGCUUCUGUUACGUCAAUGAUAUCGUCUUGGCCAUCCUGGAACUGCUAAAGUAUCACCAGAGGGUGCUGUAUAUUGACAUUGAUAUUCAUCAUGGCGAUGGCGUGGAAGAGGCCUUCUAUACCACAGACCGGGUCAUGACUGUGUCCUUUCAUAAAUAUGGAGAGUACUUCCCAGGAACUGGGGACCUACGGGAUAUUGGGGCUGGCAAAGGCAAGUAUUAUGCUGUUAACUACCCACUCCGAGAUGGGAUUGAUGACGAGUCCUAUGAGGCCAUUUUCAAGCCGGUCAUGUCCAAAGUAAUGGAGAUGUUCCAGCCUAGUGCGGUGGUCUUACAGUGUGGUUCAGACUCCCUGUCUGGGGAUCGGUUAGGUUGCUUCAAUCUGACCAUCAAAGGGCACGCCAAGUGUGUGGAGUUUGUCAAGAGCUUCAACCUGCCUAUGCUGAUGCUGGGAGGAGGUGGUUACACCAUUCGUAAUGUGGCCCGGUGCUGGACAUAUGAAACAGCUGUGGCCCUGGACACAGAGAUCCCCAAUGAGCUUCCAUACAAUGACUACUUCGAGUACUUCGGACCAGAUUUCAAGCUUCACAUUAGUCCUUCCAAUAUGACUAACCAGAACACGAACGAGUACCUGGAGAAGAUAAAACAGCGGCUCUUUGAGAACCUGAGGAUGCUGCCCCACGCACCUGGGGUCCAAAUGCAGGCCAUUCCUGAGGAUGCCAUCCCAGAGGAGAGUGGUGAUGAGGAUGAGGACGACCCUGACAAGCGCAUCUCAAUCUGUUCCUCUGACAAACGAAUUGCCUGUGAGGAAGAAUUCUCUGACUCCGAGGAGGAAGGAGAGGGUGGCCGAAAAAACUCUUCCAACUUCAAAAAAGCCAAGAGAGUCAAAACAGAGGAUGAAAAAGAGAAAGACCCAGAGGAGAAGAAAGAAGUCACAGAAGAGGAGAAAACCAAGGAGGAGAAGCCAGAAGCCAAAGGGGUCAAAGAGGAGGUCAAGUUGGCCUGAACAGACUUCUCCAGCUUUGGCUUUUGACCAAGUUCCCCACCUUUCUCCUCCAAUCCCUCAGAUUUUUAUAUUUUCUAUUUCUCUGUGUAUUUAUAUAAAAUAUAUAAAAUAUAAAUGUCCCCAGGGACUAGAUAGGAACCAGGGCCCUGAUCCCAAGGCAACUGUGCUGAGGAAACUUCCAUGCCUUGUUCCUCAUCCCUCCCCAAGUCUUUUGAACCAUGAAGGGUGCAGAUCAAAAUCCCAAAUGACAAGGGCCUGUUUAGUAGCUUAGGAAAAGUGCCCUUACCAAGUGUUCUAAAAGGGACAGGUGGGUCGUCAGGGACCCCCUGUACUUUUCAGACUCCUAACAUCAGCCAUUUUUAGAUUGGUUCUGUUCUCAGACCUUCCCACUGGCCUUAAGAGCCAAGAAACUCACACUGCCCUGUCUUCCCCCAGUUCUGCAGGUGGAGGUCAGUAGUCUAGCUUCCUUUCUAAGAUACUAUUUUCAUUUUUGUGAGACUAUUUGUAAUAAAAUGGUACAUUUCUACA